GUAGUGGUAGCAACGAAAUGAGGGAUGCAUUUGAUGAGUUUGAUGAGUUUGAAAGUCAGUUGGAGUCAAGUACCGGUAAAACACAACUAGACUUGUAUUUGGAGGAAGCUAAUCUUGACCGUAAAACAAAUCCGAAUCUGGAUGUACUUGGAUAUUGGAAGGAUAACAGGCAAAGGUAUCCAGAACUCUCAUUAAUGGCACGAGAUAUCUUGAGUGUUCCAAUCACCACAGUAGCCUCUGAAUCUGCAUUUAGCAUAGGUGGUCGUGUCAUUGAAAAGUUUCAAAGUUCUAUUCUUCCCGCAAAUGCCGAGGCAAAGCUAUGUACUAGAGAUUGGAUUUGUGGAAGAGAAGAUCUUGAUGAUGGAUCCGACUCUGAUGAAGAAGAUGAGAUUGCUAUUGAUCUUCAACCUUAUCUUGCGAAACUUAGAGUAUAUACUGAUGCUUUUGGUGAUUAAUUUAAUUAUGAUGCCAUGAUUGGUGAACGGAAGGGUCUAUGCAUCUCACACAAAUGACUUGCUUGUACUUGUCUAAUUGCAUAACCAUUCGGCCGACAACAUAUGAUGCAGAUUUCUAUAGUUUGAGUGCAAUAUUUGUACUGUUUCGGGCAUCAGUUCAGCAGGAUUUGAGCAGCAUUCUUAACAGUAAAUUGAAGG